AUGUCAUUAAGUUCUCUUUCCUCUACAACUUCGACCUACACGCCUGCGUGGCAGCAGGAAAUCAACAACAUGACGUCCAAAACAACCCAAAAGUCUCUGAUUGCCCAGUUCAUUCAGUUUACUGGCGCAAAUGAGAAGGUAGCUUCGAGGGCCCUCAAGGCCACCAACUGGAAACUUGACCAGGCUUGUGAUAGUUACUUUACUUCAAUCGGCUCAGCACCUCUUAAGACUGAAGAUAGUCUUGGAAAGUUGUUCGAGAAGUUUCGGGAGCCAUCGGACGAAGAGGGUGUCGCUACGGUCAAUGGCACGAUGAGAUAUCUAAACGAAUUGGGCGUCAAUUUGGAAAAUGCAGAGAUCUUGGUCGCACUCGAAAUCAUACAAGCCCCAGCUUUGGGAGAGAUGUCAAAGGAGGCUUUUGUGGAAGGAUGGAAGAAGAUUGGAAAUGCCGACACAAUCACGAAACAAAAGUCACAUGUUGCCGGCCAAAUCCAGCUAUUCUCAACCGAUAUGACGGUAUUCAAACGAGUCUACAAGCAUGUCUUCGUUUGUGCAAAAGAGAAAGGCCAAAAGGCACUCCCACUCGAAAAUGCAAUCGUCUACUGGGAAAUGCUUUUUACUCCACCUGGCAUGACCUGGGCCACACCCUCCACUAACUGGAUCCAAUUGUGGGUUGAGUUCCUAAACACGUCGUGGACGAAGAGUGUCAACAAGGACAUGUGGAAUCAAACAGCACACUUCUUCGAGAAGACGCUGCAAGAUGAAACCAUGAGUUUUUGGAGCGAGGAUGGAGCGUGGCCUGGGGUUAUUGACUCGUUCGUAGAAUACGUCAAGAAGAAGCGAGGAGACGUCCCCGACACCAUGGAAACUGAUUAG